UAUAAUAUCCAUUUGCUAUAAUGCAUAUACCUAUUUCAAAUAUUAUUUUCAAAUUUAUGCAAUAUCAAAAUAGAGCAUACUAAAUCUUUAGGCACUUUAAAAAUAUUGUAAGAUGAGAGGACUUAAAAUAAGACAUAGACAUUAUUUCCAUAAUAUUGAAUAUGCCAGAUUAGAAGUUGCUGGAAUGAUUAGGUUGCAUAAAGAUUUUCUACAUUACGUUUUUUUCCUCUGGUAUUACUUUGCUGCUUAUGGGGAAAAAAAUUCUGAAAUCCAGCCCGAAGUAUUUUUAUUGUUAAGAAAAUAGUUGAUUUUGCUUAUCUGAAUGUCCUUACUCAAUCAAAGGCAAUUAGUAAAUACAUGUUGGUGCUGAUGUUGCAGACAGCUGGGGAAAUGCAUGGAGGCAACCAGAGUGGGGUCUCUGACUUCCUCCUCCUGGGGAUCUCGGAGAGUCCUGAAGAGCAGCAGAUCGUGUUUUGGAUGUUCCUGUCCAUGUAUCUGGUCACAGUAAUGGGAAACGUGCUCAUCAUCUUGGCCAUCAGCUUUGAUUCCCACCUGCACACUCCCAUGUACUUAUUCUUGGCCAACCUCUCCUUCACUGACCUCUUCUUCGUCACCAAUACAAUCCCCAAGACAUUGGUGAACCUUCAGUCCCAGAACAAAGCCAUCUCAUACACAGGGCGUCUGACCCAGCUCUACUUCCUGGUCUGCUUGGUGACCCUGGACAACCUCAUCCUGGCCACGAUGGCAUAUGACCGCUAUGUGGCCAUCUGCCGCCCUCUCCACUACAUCACAGCCAUGAGCCCUGGGCUCUGCAUUUUGCUCCUCACCUUGUGUUGGGCACUCUCUGUCCUGUACGGUCUCUUUCUCACCCUCCUCAUGACCAAGGUGACCUUCUGUGGGUCCCGGAGAAUCCACUACAUCUUCUGUGAGAUGUACAUCCUGCUGAGGCUCGCUUGUUCCAAUACCCAGGUGAUUCACACAGUGCAGAUUACCACAGGUUGCUUCAUCUUCUUCACCCCCUUAGGGAUCAUGGUCAUGUCCUAUGUCUGGAUUGUCAGAGCCAUCCUCCGAAUACCAUCAGCCUCCAGCAAAUACAAAGCUUUCUCCACCUGUGGCUCCCACUUGGCUGUGGUCUCCCUCUUCUAUGGGACACUUGGUAUGGUGUAUCUGCAGCCCCUCAAAACCCACUCCAUGAAGGACUCAGUAGCCACAGUGAUGUAUGCUGUGGUGACGCCCAUGAUGAACCCUUUCAUCUACAGCUUGAGGAACAAGGACAGGCAUGGGGCUCUGGGAAGACUCCUCUUAGGAAAAGCCCUCCAGAGAUUGACAGGAAGGAAACUGAGGCACUGA